GAGAGGCGCUUGGGCAACAGCUCCCAUGGCCCGCCGACGGAGGCCGAGGCACGGAAACUCUACGUGGUCCUUCGGAAUGCGACGGAGCCAGAUUCGACGAAGCUGAAGAAUACCUUCUGCGCCUGGCAGAUUGCCCAGAGCAUUCUCUUUGCGAUGAGGGCCGGCCCCGUCAUCGAGAUCUCCACGAAGCUCUGCCCGCCUCCGAGGGGUGGAGAGGCGGCCUGUUCCCAGGUAAUCAAUGAAAUCAUGCUCAUGUUCUGGAACGUCGGGAAGUUCAUUGCUGCGGCUGCAACGAAUUGCAUCGCUGGGCUGAAUGUGGCUGCCGGCUGCGCCCUGGGCAGCCUCAACCUCGUCUCUGCCUUCUCUGCCACGGGCAGCGUGACAUCGGCCCUUGCAAUGCGCGUCUGCACCGACCUUCGAGGACGCAAGAGGAAUAUCACCGAGCAACGGAUCAACCGAGACUGGGUACCUGUUACGAAACUGAAUCCGUUUAAGCUGGGUACCGUUAAAGGAAGUUCGGGAGAUCAAGCUACACGAGGAAAAUCAUGUACUCAUUGA